AUGGCCGAGAUGCUUGCGCCCCUGGCUUCUUCUGCUUUGGAGCACGAGGCCAGCCCUACCUUCGAUCCUCCUCCUACCUCGUUUCCCUACCCCGAACGGCCGAAAUCAGCAGGCAACGACUCUCGCGGAUGCUCAGACACUACACUCCACAGUGCAUCGCACCCAGAGGAUCAAGACAACAUCAAACAUCCCGAACAAAAUUAUGAAAAGACGGGUAACGUCGAGAGGCCGCACUUUGCUCUGCGCAGGUUCGAGACCGAAAUUGUUCGCCCUGUUUCCUCGAAAACGUCUGCACACUCCAGACAACAGCGGCCCACGGUGAAUGAUCCGGCGUUACAAAGCGCUGAGCAUCGAGCUUCGUUGGGGGAUUCAGACACGUCCUCCUCCUCAGAUGAGGACAACCUAGCUAGACUGCAAAGGGCACACACACAACCGGUCCCCAAUGUACUGUCUAAAUCCCAACUCAAUCGAGCACGGACGCACCAGAGGCCAUCGGAUCUCCAGGUGGGAAAUGAAUUUUUCCGAUCCCAAGGGAGAAUAGCCAAGGAUGGGAGACUGAAUAUCUCCGUCAAUGAGACAACCCAGACAGGCUACCUUGCCAAAGCACUGGGCGCCACCAUCCGACACCAGCUAGGUCCUGACUACCAAGAGGAUGCAAGAGUGGCGGACAAGGCUAAGGCCGAUUUCCUCAGGGACAAACACAAGCUUAUCAUUCCCUCGUUGAACAUAGUGAUUAUGGUUAUUGGCAGCCGUGGCGACAUACAGCCUUUUCUAAAAAUCGGAAAGAUCCUAAGGGACAAGUAUAAUCACAGGGUUAGGAUUGCUUCACAUCCGACCUUUAAGCAGUUCGUCGAGAAGGAGGCUGGUCUCGAAUUCUUUUCCGUGGGUGGAGAUCCUUCUGAAUUAAUGGCAUUCAUGGUCAAAAAUCCCGGCUUGAUUCCAUCCCUCGAGUCUGUCAAGUCUGGAGAGAUAAGCAAAAGGCGCGAAUCAAUGUUUCAAAUGUUCCAAGGAUUUUGGAGGGCCUGCAUCAAUGCCACCGACAACGAAACGGAUGUCGCCAACCUGGAAAUGAUGCGCUCGAAGCCUCCUUUUGUGGCCGAUGCAAUCAUUGCCAAUCCCCCCUCUUUCGCACACUACCAUUGCGCAGAGAAGCUGAGUGUUCCUCUACACUUGGUCUUUACCUUUCCUUACUCCCCAACGCAAGCGUUUCCUCAUCCCUUAGCCAACAUCAAGGCUUCAAACGUUGAUCAGCGGUACACGAAUUUCAUGAGUUAUCCCUUGGUCGAUUUGAUGACAUGGCAAGGAUUGGGUGACUUGGUCAAUCGAUUCCGUGUCCAGACCCUAGGUUUGGAACCUGUCUCGACUCUAUGGGCUCCUGGUCAACUCACUCGUCUCAAGGUCCCGGUAACAUAUCUCUGGUCGCCAGGCUUGGUUCCGAAGCCUCGUGACUGGGGUCCAGAAAUUGAUAUCGCUGGUUACGUCUUCUUGGAUCUGGCGACGUCUUAUAAACCCCCAGAAGACCUAGCCAAAUUUCUGGAGAGAUCAGAUGCGCGACCCAUCGUCUACAUAGGAUUUGGGUCGAUUUCAGGAAUUAGCGACCCGGUGGCAUUCACCAAGAUGGUUUUCGAGGCCGUCGAGAAGGCUGGCGUUCGCGCUGUGAUCAGCAGAGGGUGGGGAGGUAUGGGCGAUGGGAUGGAGAAGCCGGACGGCAUCUUCCUGAUUGACAAUGUACCCCAUGACUGGCUCUUUCCUCGCGUCGAUGCAGUCGUCCACCACGGCGGCGCCGGGACCACAGCCGCAGGACUGAGAUUCGGCAAGCCAACAAUGAUCGUCCCUUUCUUUGGAGACCAGCCUUUCUGGAGUGCAAUGGUCGCGAGGGCGGGAGCUGGUGCGAAAGAGGCACUUCCCCUCAAAAAACUCGACAGCGACAAGUUUGCCGCCGGCAUUCGUCAGUGCCUCGAGCCCGAGGCCAAAGCGCAAGCACAAGCCAUUGCACAAAGCAUUGAAGAGGAAGGCGACGGCGCAGAAAACGCUGUGGACUCCUUCCAUCGACAUUUGGAUCUCGAAGGCUCGCAUUCACUGCGCUGCAACCUCUUCCCAGAUCGCGUUGCUGUAUGGAAGAUCGGUCACGCCAGCACGCGACUGUCGGCACUAGCGGCAGAUCUGUUGGUGGAAAGUAAACAAAUCCACUGGUCAGACUUGGAGUUGGUCAAAAACCAUGAAUGGACCGACUUUCAAGGACCUGGGGAACCAAUUACCGGCGCUGGCGGUGUGCUCGUUCAAGCCUUCCAAGAGGCAUUCCACGGGCUUAUGACGGUGCAUGAAACGGCGAAACGAGAUAUCAAACAUUACGAGAGGCACAGGCGUAAGCAGAAGCAGAAAUCAGCGAUCGAAGGACUGAUCCUGCCUGGACGGAUUGCUAUGGCUACACGCGGCGCCUCUGUCGAAGCACAGAGGAAAGAGCACGCUAGACUUAUGCGCCAAGUCAAUUUUCAUGGCGACGCAGAGCCGGUGAAGUUGCCCUUUGGUCAAUCCAAUCUCGACCAGGACGCUACUGGGCACACGUCCAAGCUGUCUAGAACCACGACAAUGGGUUCAGAUCGGACGUCUCCAGUGGUGGUGAUCUUAAAAGAUGUGGGAAAGGGUAUCGGCCACUCCAGUAAAGCCAUCGCAGCACUGCCCUUACAAUUGUGGAAUGCCCUUGCUCUUGGAUUCCACAACGCGCCCCGAUUAUAUGGUGACAAGACCGUGCGGCCUUCUCCCCAAGGAAUCGACGGGUUCCGCACGGGACUGAAGGUCGCUGGCAAAGAGUUUUGGCUCGGGCUGUACGACGGGGUGACGGGCGUCGUGCGGAUUCCAUACCUCGAAGUCCGUGAGGAUGGUAUGUCUGCAUUUCCCAAAGGUGUUGCACGAGGCAUCGGUGGGUUGGUGUUGAAGCCUAUUUCCGGCGUGCUUGGACUGGGGGCGUAUACGGCGAAAGGAGUCCACAAUAGUGUUCGGCGACGAGUACGAGAUACUAAAAGGACAGAACGAUGGAUUCGACACGCAAGAAUGGCGCAAGGGCACAGAGAAGCUCGGAUGUUGCAAGAGCAGCAAAAAGACGAGGGCUCGGAGUCGCCUCGAGCACGCUGUCCCAUGCUACCCAACCUUGCAGAGGCCCGAAAGCACGCACUGCACCUGUGGACAACAUACGAGAAGGACAAGGUGGCAGAAGAGCGAGAAAAAGAAAAGCGACUCCUCCUGCUGGGCAAGAUGCGUGGUGAAAAUACUUGA